UGAAUAUCCGGAAUGCGUUUGGACGGUGAUUGCUUAACCGUUGCAUCCCUUCCACAAGAGACAAUGUAAAGAAGUGCUUUGGAUGAAACUGAGCAAUUGCUUAUAGCUAACACAGUUAAGAGAAGACCCAAGCUGUGGACCUUGGCAAUUGGGCCAGGAUGGAACUUCCUUUCUUCUAAGUGUGACAUCAUCCUGGAGCCAAGUGAAAUGAGCGAUGAGGCAAGUGAGACCAGACAAAGAUACAACAGUCAACCCAUUUUAAAGCGCCAGAAACCCAUCCAACCUUACAUCUGUUCCACUCUAGAUUUCCAAGAAGAGAGAGACUUUUUGGCCCAAAGUAUCUUCCCUCAGCUUAAUAACAUCUGCAGCCCCCGGGGCACCUACUUCAAAGCUGUGGACUUGAGAUGGUCAGCUGUGAAGGCCCAUAAAUCCUUCACCAGUAACCAGUUCCGACAGUACUCCUGUCUCCAGUCUCAACACCUGAAACUUUCCCUGGACUACGUGAACAGAUGUUUCCCAUUUUUCAUCUGCCUGCUAGGGCAAACCUAUGGCGAUUUCCUCCCCGACUACACACCUUUCCUGUUAUCCCAAGUAAAGGACUUCGAAAGUUUAUCCAAGGGAGAACAGAAUCUAUACAUUGCUGCCAAAAAUGGUUACCCCUGGGUCCUGAAGACUCCCAAUUGCAGCCUGACAGAGUUCGAGAUCAUCCAAGCAGCAUUUCGGAAGAAAUCUCAAUUUCAAUUUUUCUACUUCCGGACAUCAAAUUCACUGCUGCAGACUUUUAAUGAGGAAGAGGAGGAGGAAGAGGAGAAGCUGUCCUCAGCUUAUCUGGUGAAGGAACAGGGGAAAAUGAAGGUUGGGAAGCUCAAGGCUAAGAUCAUUGGUAAAGGGCUUUCUGUCAGAUUCUACAGAGACCUGGAGGAAUUGGGGGAUAUGGUUUUGAAGGACUGGUUGGCUGUUGUGGAAAAACUCUAUCCAUUCACUAUGAUCGUGGAAAAUAUAGACUACAAACACAGUUUCGAGAAUUUGUAUCAUGAAGAGUUUGCGGAGAACUGCAAGCAAGUUUUUGUUAUUUCCAAGGAGUCACAAAGAACCUUUGAAAUAUUGGAAAGAUUUGCUAUAAAAGAUCUUGAUCUUGACUCUGACAGUACUAUAGCAGGUUCGGGGUUAGACUCCAUUCUCAGGUUCAUGGGUUUCAUUUCAUUCAUUCAGUCAUUAUCCAUUAACAAUUUGUCAGAUGCUGUGCUAGUCAAGAGUCCCCAGCUUGAAAUGGAUUUCCUUAACGAGGACUCAAAUGUCUUGGUCUUUUCACUUCUCGUAGAAGUGUUCAUGGCUGCCAUCAGCUUAAAGCCAUGCAUCCUGGUACUUGAUGGGAUUGAAGAGCUGAUCGGUAUCUAUGGGAUUUCAGGUCAGAAGGCAAAAGAUUUCUCCUGGCUGCCGCGCUCCCUACCUCCGCACUGCAAGUUCAUUCUAAGCAGUGUCUCUUCCAGUCUGUCCUGCAAGUCGCUGUGUGCCCGCCCUGACGUGAAGACUGUGGAACUCAACAGCAUCGGGGACGAAGACACCAAGUUCAACAUCUUCAGACAGCACCUUUCCCCUGCCGACCAAGAACGCUUUGGGCAGAGCAAGCCCGUUUUGAGGAAGAAACCAAACCUAAGCCCUCUGAAGCUCGCAAUCAUCGCUAGCGAGCUGCAGGAGUGCAGAAUCUACCGCAAUGAGUUCCAGUGUCUCCGGGAGUACUUGGAGGUCGCCUCUGUGCAGGAGCUCUGGGAGUUGAUUCUGAAGCGCUGGGUUGAAGAUUAUAGUUGGACUUUGAAGCCUAAAGACACAACUCUAGACACAGUGAUUUCAGGGCCGAGUGGCUGGGUGGUGGACGUGCUCUGCUUGCUCUGCAUCUCUCACUGCGGGCUGGCUGAGGAUGAACUGCUCCAGCUUUUGGACACGAUGGGCUACAGGGACCACUACAAAGUGACGGCGGUGCACUGGGCAGCCUUCCGCCAAGCCACCAAAACCUGGAUCCAGAAGAAGCCCAAUGGUCUUCUCUACUUCCAGCAUCAGUCCCUACGGAAUGCGGUGGAGCACAAGCUGCUGGGUGUAACCACUCCGGUGAGAGAGAGCAAUCCCAAUGUGGCCCAGAACAGCAUGAAUCACAAGAAGGCACAUUUCCACCAGGUCCUGAUGAGGUACUUCCAGCGGCAACCCAUUUUCUGGAGGGUGUAUCAGGAGCUGCCCUGGCACAUGAAGAUGAGCGGUUAUUGGGAAGGCCUAUGUAGCUUCAUCACGAGCCCCAGCAUCACAGAUUUCAUAUCGAAAAUCCAAAACCCGAGUUUGUGGACCAGGCUGCACCUUGUCCACUACUGGGAUGUGCUGCUGGAAGCUGGCAAUGACGUGUCUGAGGCUUUUCUGCUCUCUGUUGCCAAGAUAGACGCGGAACACUCCCAGAAAUUCAAGAAGCGAACCACACUCUCAGUGCUGGAAUGCAGCCUGUCGGAGAUUACUGCUGCUGAUAAAGGCAGAAUUAUCCUCUUUAUUGGAAGUUUCCUGAAGCUAAUGGGCAAGAUCAAUGAAGCUGAAAAGCUGUUCUUGAGCGCUGAGGACUUGUUACUACAGAACCCAUCCAUGAUAGAAAUGCUCCUCAAAGCUCAGAAUGCCAUUGGAGAAUUAUAUCUUGAGAUCGGGAUGACUCAGAAAGGACUCAUAUAUUUUCAGAAAGCUUGGUCAAAUCUACUGCGGUUUACACUCAGAGACCUAAAAAUCAGCCAGGAAUUGAUGAAGCAGAAAGUUAAAGUGAUGAAUAACCUGGCAAAAUCGGCGCCUGGGGAAUUCUUAAAAGAAAACCACGUUCUGGAAUAUGCUACUGAAAUCUCCAAGUACGUGACUGAUAAUCCCCGUGAUCAAGCUACCAUGAAAUAUACUGAAGGUGUUCUCAUGUUGGCUUCUGGAAACGCAGUCCUGGCAAAACUCAAGUUUCAAGAGUGUUUAACUAUCAGAAGAUGGCUAUUUGGCAAUAAAAACAUACUAGUUGGAGAAAUUAUGGAAUUCUUAGCAGAUUUACUAUUUUUUCUACUAGGAGAAAAUGAAAAAUCUCAAAAGAAGCAAGCAAUUGAAUAUUAUAAACAAGUAAUAAAAAUCAAGGAGAAGGCGGAUACUGAGGCCACCUGCAAGCUUGUCAGGAAGCAUCUAAACAUAAGCCUCAGCGACACCUUGUGUAAACUAGCAGGCCAGCUGUUGUCAGGUGACUUCUGCCAUCAUGCCACAAUGGAGGCAGUGAGCUAUCUGUAUAGGUCACUUGAAUUAAGGGCAGCUCACCUGGGGCCUUCCCACGCUUCCGUUGAGGGAAUACUACACCUUCUAAGGGAAAUCCAGAGGUCCCGGGGCAGGAGGUCUUGGCCUCAAAGCAUGAACCAUCUAUACCCUGACGGUUCUAGGUAUGGCUUUUCAUUAUGGGAGAAUGUGCCUAAAUUAAACUUCCACAGCGCUCAGAGUUCUGACACAGUGAACACUGCGAUGUGUAUGAAUAUACGUAGGUUUCAGAGAGCUAAAAGCACAGAGCCCUCCCUGGUGUCAGAUAAGCCAAAAUAUGUUCCCGGCAGAGGAAAGAAGACCUUGGCUCCAAUUCUGUGCAAGUCCGCUGAGGAAAAGUUCCAACAUCAGGCUUCAGAUUCACAAAUAUGGAAUAGUCCAAGAAAGCAACCUCCCCAGAAAAAGGCAGCCUGUCCCCUUAAGACGGUCUCGCUCAUCAACAAGCAUGGCCUGGUGAGACUCUCAAGGCAGAGUGUUUCUUCUGCUGAGCUGGACAGCAGAAAGGGCCUGAUUACCUCCAUCUGCCGGCAACCCCUCCAGCCACCUCUUAGUGCAGACAAUCCCUGGAAGUCCAUAUCGGAACUCGUGUCAGAAAAGUGGCUCUUCCACACUCCUCAGUACUGCUUCACUCCUCAGAAGCCUAUCUUCCCAAGAAGAUCUCAAAUUGAAUCAAAAUUGCUGAAGACCUCAGAUGCCCCUGAUAAGGAAUAA